AGACCGAGGUCUUUCAAAAACUAAAAAUGCAGCGGGGAUAAAAAUAUGCGAUUCAGAAGCCCCUAGUGGAUCCACCACGAGUAUCCAGAGUUGCUACGAAGCUGAUGAAAGCUACGAAGAAAACUCUGAGAAGAAACAAAAGUGUAAUCUGACCAGAACAGAAACAUUUACCGUUUCUAGAUCGUCUGGAAAACCUAUACCAUCUCGGAACAAGAAAAUUUUAUCGGAAAUCAGAGACAUUUUGUCGGAGAGCGAUAAUGAUUACGAUUCAGUUUUUCCAAAUGGCAGACUUCAUGAUGUAGAAUCAUACCAGACAAGCUCUCCCAGAAUUAUUGGAGCUAUUAGGAAAAAGCCGAUUGCGAAGAAUCAUAUUCAACAUUCUCCAUCGAUUAUUAACAGAAAUGUUGUCGUUCCAAAGAAGGUCAUGUUGUGUAAAAAUAAAAAAGUAGCGGAAGUUUUCGAAAAAUACGAAGAUCGCUACAACACCCUCUUAAGAAAGCUUCAAAAGACGCAUUUUACGAGAGUUGACAAACAUUAUAUAAACGUCAUUGAAGAGAUGAAACGUUCGUUUGCUACUAAAAGCAACGAAGACGUUCCAGAAUUUCUUUCGGAAGAAUCAGAUGAUGAUAUGAUGUAUCCAAGAUACGACAGUGAUGAGGGGUACGGUGAAAUCAAUAAAACUUUUGAUCGCAGCGAGCAUUUCGUCACCGCAUCAGAGACUGAAAUGGUGCAAUCAACAAACUCUUUUGAUCAAGCGGAGCAUUUCGUCACCGCAUCAGAGACAUUUUCCAUUCAAGUCGAAUCCAACGAUGAUACCAUAGGCAUCACUUAUCAACCACAACCGCAGUAUAAUAAAAUAAACGAGGCUACGAUCCGCUAUGUUUCGAGUAUCAUGACCGAAAAUGAAGGCAAUGAAACGCAAGUGUCUGCCUACGAUGAACAAAAGUUUCUUUUUGUGGCCAUUGGGGAUGAACUAAAAAGGGGCUCUACAGAGGAUUACGUUUAUCCACAUACCACUAGCGUAAACAGCAAUGAUAUAUCCGAGUUGAUAUCGUCAACAUCAUCAACGAUGAAGUUGUCCGAGACUAACCCAACAGAGAUUUUAAAACGUGUUCUUCAGAGCACUGAAUCUUUAUUCGGUGUCUUUGAAAAUAAUUCAGGUGGAUCGUAUGAACGCCUUACAAAUGUCGGCGAAGAAGCUUUCUAUGAUAAUAUCAGAAAAAAUUUGAAGAAACGGGUCUACAUUGAGGACAAUAUAGCAAACCAACUGCUGGGUUUCCUGGAAUUUGCCAGAUCAAAAAUUGACAACUUUAUCGGCAGCGGCGCACAUUUUGAAGCUGAAAAACUCUUAACUGUAUCAAAUAUACGCCGACAAGCUCUAUUAGAUCUGGUGGUCUCACCAUAUUCACCAACCAAUCACGUCCGAGCACAAAUCACUAUACAGAACACCAGGUGCAUCAUCAACAGCAAAAAUCUAAUUGACAACGCUCUCGUCUCAAACUACCUCCUAGUUUUCAGCUACAAAGACACAAUCUACGGGACGAAAUUUAUAUCGCCCAACAAGCUAGGAUGGAUUGACUUUGGAGGUCCUUUUGUAUUCGGUAAUGUUCCUAACACGUUCGAGAUAAAAGCGAAACUAUUCGCCAUCAUAUUCAACCCACAUUCUCUGAAACGUUCCAUUAAAAACUUCUUUUUGAGUCGCCUACCAAAACUACCCAUGAUCAGGCUCAUAGGGGAAACUUACAUUGACCUAAACAACGCCAUCAACCAGAAAUUUACCUUCAAAAAUCUAAACAGCAGUAAAUACAGGCCAAACAGACUCACUGCUUCGGUUGCAAUCAGCAUACAAUGGCCCGAACCGCUUAAAGCAUUCUUAACCAUGGGUUCAGAAAGGCCUGGAAAACAGGUUCUGUGGAAUCGUAGAUGGUUCGUUCUGGAAAAAUCCCAGUUGUGCUAUUACACUCACCCAUCUGAUGAAAAUUAUUGCAGUGCCAGAGCAACAAUCGAUUUGUCAGAGUGUACAUUCUGUGAUGAAAUCAAUAAAUUAUACCCCAACAAGAGAUCUCUUGUACUAGUAUUAGGACACGAGAAUCCGAAAAAGAUAUACGUCACUCCAGAUACAGAGGACGAACUAAGAAUCUGGCAAGAAAGGAUUAAUUUGGUCUUAAAAUGUCUUAAAAACUGGAACAUUGAAAAACUCUAAUUUGUCUAUUGUUUAAUGGAUGGAUUGGCUAUUGUUUCACGUGUGGAUGGAUUAUUUAUUUUCUUAAUGUACAUAGGAUUUUCGAAACUAAUAUAGUAAAAUAUUUUAUUUGAUGAUGAACAAGUGUUAAAAUAUUUGCUAUGUCAAUUCACUUUUUAGUUAAUUUUUGUAUGUUACUAUUUACUGCUAUGACGGAUUGAGAUUGAUGGAUACUUUGGAAUUCAAUAAUGUUCCUAAUACGUUCAGGAUAAAAGCAGAACUCUUCACCAUCAUAUUCAACACACAUUCUCUGUAAAUUUCUAUCAAAAACUUCUUUUUUUUGGUUGGCUACCCAAAACUACCCAUGAUCAGGCUCAUUGGGGAAACUUACAUUAACUUAAACAACGCCAGCAAAUAAAGGCCCAACAGACACACUGCUUCGGUGGAAAUCAGCAUACAAUGGCCGAACUGCUUAAAGCAUUCUUAACCAUGGGUUCAGAAAGACCUGAAAAACAGGUUCUGUGAAAUCGUAGAUAGUUUGUUCUCGAAAAAUUCAAAUUGUGCGAUUACACUCAUCCAUCUCAACAAAGUUAUACCCCAACAAACUCUUGUACUAGUAGGUAUUAUUACAUGAAAAACUGAAAAAGAUAUAUGUCACUCCAGAUACAGACUUUGAACUAAAAAUCUGACAAGAAAAGAUUAACUUAACAAAAGUCUAGUUUCAAUAUUAUAUUUCAUGAUAAUUAACUUAAAAUGUUUACUAUGCUAAUUCAGUUGUUAUUUAAUUCUUGUAGGUAACUGUUUAUUAUUCUAUUAUAUGAAAUUCCUUGUUAUU